AGAAGUAUUUUUAAAACCCGUCUCGAAAACGUUGUUCCGAUGCCGUGAGUGUUGAAUGUGUCGGGACAGUAUCGACACCGUAGUACCGAGCGGUCCAUCACUAAGGUCGCCUGUCGUGAAAUAAUAUAUUAUGCUAACGAUGGGCAAGUGAUGCGCAUCACAGAUCACGAAAGACAACGCGAUACGCUGGGUCUAGACAAAAGCUUAUUUGUCGCGCAUACAGUACUGUACUUUGUGGCUGGUGGAAAACAGCUGUGUCAACAACAUGGAUUGGUAUCAAACGCUGCGAUAUCUUAUAGUACUUUUGUCACCCUUCUCAGUGUUUUGCGACCCAGGGUUUGCUUCGCUGGACGGCAGCCCACCCUCAAAAAUUGCAAUCGUAGGGGCGGGGAUAGGAGGAACGGCUACCGCCCACUUCCUGCGCCAGCACUUUGGCCCCGAGGUCAGCAUCGACGUGUUCGAGAAGGGUGAGGUUGGGGGGCGUCUAGCGACGGUGACGGUCAACCAUCAGGACUACGAGUCGGGGGGGUCUAUCAUUCACUCCCUCAACUUACAUAUGCAGGACUUCGUCAAACAGCUGGGACUGAAGUAUCGUCGCAGCGUGGCGGGGAAAACGGCUGUCUUUAACGGAGAAGAGCUCAUACUAGAGGAGACAGACUGGUAUCUGCUGGACCUGCUGCGUGUGUGGUGGCGCUAUGGCAUCAGCUUCAUCAGACUGCAGAUGUGGGUGGAGGAGAUCAUGGAGAAGUUCAUGAGAAUCUAUAAGUACCAGGCCCACGGCUAUGCCUUCAGCUCAGUGGAAGAGCUGCUUCACUCCCUGGGGGGGUCUGGCUUCCUCAACAUGACACACCGCUCGCUGUCUGAGUCCCUGCUGGAGCUGGGCGUGUCCCAGCGCUUCAUAGACGAGGUCAUCGCCCCCAUCACUAGGGUCAACUACGGACAGAACAACAGCAUCCCUGCCUUCGUAGGUGCAGUGUCGCUAGCUGGCGCUCAGUCCAACCUGUGGGCGGUGGAAGGAGGCAACAAGCUGGUGUGCUCAGGCCUGCUGAAGCUGGCUAAAGCCAACCUGGUCCAGGCCCAGGUCAACACCAUCUCUCCACAGACCAACGGUACGGCAGGCCAGUGUUCCCCACCAGUCCUGGAAAGUCUGCGUAGGAGAAAAAAAGGAGAGAGCAUCCAAUACCAGCUGACAUACUCCUCAGGUUCUGGAAAAGAGGCGGAGCUCUAUGACAUAGUGGUGGUGGCCACGCCCCUUCAGGACAGCGUGGACUCCGGGGUCUCCUUCCAGGGGUUUGACCCUCCGUUACCUAUAAUCCCCGGCUCCUACCACCACACUGUGGCAACCGUCGUCCACGGUUACCUAAACUGCUCCUACUUUGGGUUCCCAGACCCACGUCUGUUCCCGUUCACCAGCGUGCUCACCACCGACACCCCCGGUCUGUUCUUCAACAGCGCCGGCAGCAUCUGCCCCGUCAACAUCUCUGCCGGGUUUCGCAGGAAACAACCACAGGAAGCCGGGGUCUACAAGGUGUUCUCCCCGAGACCUCUGGAACGGGCCGAGCUCAAGACCCUGUUCCGCUCCUACUACUCCGUUCAGGAGACGGACUGGCAGGCAUACCCACGGUAUGGCAGUGCGGAGGGCCAGAGCCUGCCCGCCGUGGAGCUGGGCGCCAACCUCUACUACCUGAACGGCAUCGAGUGGGCAGGCAGCGCCAUGGAGAUGAGCUCAGUGGCGGCUAAAAAUAUAGCCCUGCUGGCUUUCCACCGGUGGAACCGAUCGCCCGAAAUGGUCGACCAGAAGGAGCUCAUGCACAAGAUAAAGACCGAGCUCUGACUGGGAGAGAUAGAGACUCACUCACUCACUCUCACACACACAGACAACGGGUAGAUGGCCUGAGGGGGGGGGGGGGGGGGGGGGAGAACUGCAUGCACAACUGAAGAGAUGUGACUCCUGUAUGCAUGACUGCAGCAUGAGACUGCAAUUCCUGUCAUUUCUGCUAUACCUUUUCCUGAAAUGCAACCUUGCCUGAUAACAUCUAAGCAAAACCAAGAUAAAGAUAUUAGACUAUGCCUAACCUUA